AUGCACAGAAAUGUGCGCGGUGUGAAAGGGGAGAGGGAAGCUGAGGCGGACCCCCAGCAACCACCCUGCUGGGUCUUACGAACACGCUGGAGUAGCAGCCUGCUGCGUGCGCGUAGAGUCAACUGUUCACCCCAUAAAGCAUACCACCGCGUCACGAGCCAUUACGCCACGCACGGCAGGCGAGACACAGAAACGCAUUGUGGUGAGGCACACAAUGGAGAGAAUAGCGCGACGAAUUUUCCGUAUUUGAUGGAGAGAGUGGCAGGGACGUGUGCUAGCAUGCAGGACGUGCGCCUACGUGGAAGAAUGUUGCAUGCAGGCUUUCGCGUGGAGACGGCGGGCAGUGUGGUCAACUUCAUCAUGACGUGUGUGUACCCGGAUCCACAAGUCAACGCACGUGUACAGAUCCGUCUCGCUUCGCGGCCGCGCAGAGGCCGCACACUCGGCUGGCCGGGGCAUGCGCCGCGACGAUGA